AUGCCUGUGACCGAAAUCGCGACCAUUCCGCUAUCUGCUGGUUCCAAUGUGUCGGAACAAGGCAGCGAAGCAGCCAGUAUCUGGCAANAAAUGCUUAUUACCAUCUCGCAACAGAAUGGCUGUCGAGAUAUCUACUCCGGACUACAACAUGAGAGUCCAAAUACGGCCCAAUUAUUCAUAGUGUGGGAUACAAUAGCGGACCAUCAACGUUUCCAAGGGCUACCUGUGUAUACACAGAUGCUAACGAGUCUGAGACCGAUUCUUGAUGGUUCUCCACAGCUCGUCCACUUCGACCUCAAAAGCCCCAGCGAGCUUACUGCAGCUACCUCUGCCCCUGUUACGGAGGUGGCAACCCUUUUCCUGCCAAAGAAGAUCUCCUCAUUCGAUGACAAAAUGAGUUCGUUCGCGAAGAUUCUCAACGAACACGCAGAAGGCUUUGUGGGAUGCGCGUACUCCUGGAUCAUGGAAGACGUCGAACACGAGAGUUUUGGUCCAGGUAUCAAGGGAAGGGCUUUUCUCCUCGCCAUUGGAUGGUCAUCGAUAUCUGCUCAUAUGGCCUUCAAGAAAACUGGUGCUUUUCAAGAGAUUCUCGAACUGUUUCAAGACGCGAGAGCAAGCGAGAUCCAUCAUACAACAUUCGGACCACGGCCUGAAGCUUCUCCACAUGACGUUGUCUGA